AUGAGGAACAUUCACAUGGGUUUGAUUGUUGGGGCGGUGUGCUGCAUAGGACUUGUUGCGGGGAUGCUAAUUUGGCACUUUACAGACAAUGUACACCAGAACAAAAAACUUGUCCCAGCAAAUGUUAAAUGGUUACCAGAGAGGGAGCUGCGGGGUGUUUGGGUUGCUACGGUGAACAAUAUCGACUGGCCAGACACACAAGGAGAUUCAACAGAAAACCAGAAGAAGCAGAUGACCAAUAUCUUGGACCUGAUGGUAGAACUGAACCUGAAUGCCCUCUUCUUUCAGAUACGACCAGUUGGAGAUGCCUUCUACAACUCCAACAUUGAGCCAUGGAGCAAGUAUCUGACAGGAGAACAAGGAAAAGCACCCACACCCCCAUAUGAUCCACUUGAGUUUGUUGUUGAAGAAGGACAUAAACGAAACAUUCAAGUUCAUGCUUGGUUUAACCCAUACAGGGCAAAUAUGGCUAGCAAUACAGAGGGAUUGGCCCCGAAUCAUAUGGCCCACAAGUUUCAGAAUUACACCUAUCCAUAUGGUAAAUACUUAUGGAUGGAUCCUGGUGCCUCUGAAGUCACAGAUCACCUGAUUAAUGUAGUAACUGAUGUUCUCAAUAGGUAUGACAUCGAUGGAGUUCAUAUGGAUGAUUAUUUCUAUCCAUAUCCUGUUAGGAAUGUGACAUUCCCAGAUAAUGAAACUUAUCAAAACUUUUUGAACACAACUGGAAGGAAUAUGACUCUUGAGGACUGGCGUCGCAGGAACAUUGAUCAGAUGGUAGUGAGACUGUUCCAUACCAUACGCAACAACUAUGACAAUGUCACAUUCUCGAUUAGUCCUUUUGGUAUAUACAGGCCAGGUCAUCCAGAGGGUAUGCCAAAUUCAAUAAAAGGAUUUGAUCCAUACUCCAAUCUCUAUGCAGAUGCUAAGCGUUGGCUUCAGAGCGGUUGGGUUGAUAUCCUCAUUCCUCAAAUCUAUUGGGAGAUAAAACCACCAGAUCAAAGUUAUCCCGUUAUCCUCGACUGGUGGCUUAAAGCUUCUAACGAAAGACGUGGCCGUCAUGUGUAUGCAGGAAAUGCAUUGUACAAACUAGUUCAGAACAAUUGGAAUGCCUCAGAAAUCCUACAGCAGAUUCAAGUUUCACGAGACGAGGCCACGAGUAAAUUAAAAGGCUCAUUGGGAAAUGUACAUUUCUCUUUCAAAAAUCUGAAGCACAAUCAUAAAAACAUCACUAGUGCUCUAAAAGGUGGACCAUACCGUGAUAUCUGUCUGCCUCCCACGUUGCCACAUUUCCCAGACUCAGCACCGGCGCCACCUAGAGGUAUCCACAUGAUGACUAAUCGUCAAAUCAUGUGGUCACAUGACACGGCUGGCACAGUCAGAUCCUGGACAGUUUAUCAAAGAAAGGGAAACACAUUUGUACUGUAUGCUGUCCUCAACAGAGCUACAAAUAGGAUAGAUGUGAAAGACCCUGGUAUAUAUGCUGUGAAAGCUAUGAAUAAAAUAUCUGUUGAGAGUUCUGAAAGUUCUAUCGAGGUCAAACCAUAAGUUUAAAGGAUUGGUAUCGAUAUGGUG